AGCCCAGCGGUCGGCGGCCGGCGGCGGGAGAGCACGGGCGAGGGGAGCGCGACACUCGCUGGUUGGGGAGAUCGGCGCUCAGCCGGGUGAGUGUGAGCCUGGGAGAUGGCAGUGAUGGAAAUGGCCUGCCCAGGCGCCCCUGGUUCGGCAGCCGGGCAGCAGAAAGAGCUCGCCAAAGCCAAGGAGAAGACACAGGCAAUGGGGAAGAAGCAAGGCCCCGUCAACAAGCUCGAGGCUGUGGAGAAGAGCCCCGUGUUCUGCGGGAAGUGGGACAUCCUGAACGACGUGAUCACCAAAGGCACUGCCAAGGAAGGCUCCGAGGGAGGACUGGCCGCCAUCUCCAUCAUUGCCCAGGCCGAAUGUGAAAACAGCCAAGAGUUCAGCCCCACCUUUUCAGAGCGGAUCUUCAUUGCUGGGUCCAAACACUACAGCCAGUCCGAGAGCCUUGAUCAGAUCCCCAACAAUGUGGCCCACGCAACGGAGGGCAAAAUGGCCCGUGUGUGUUGGAAAGGGAAGCGCCGCAGCAAAGCCCAGAAGAAGCGCAAGAAGAAGAGCUCGAAGUCCCUGGCGCAGGCCGGAGUGGCCUUGGCCAAACCCCUCCCCAGGACCCCGGAGCAGGAGAGCUGCACAGUCCCCGUGCAGGAGGAUGAAUCUCCGCUAGGCCCCGCGUAUGUUAGAAAUGCCCUCCAGUUCACCAAGCCUCCAAAGGAGCCAGGCCUUGGCCGACUGUGUUUCAAGAAACUCGAGGAGGACCUGCGGCCGGCCCUGCCUCGCUCGGAACUCCACAAACUGAUCAGCCCCUUGCAAUGUCUAAAUCAUGUGUGGAAACUCCACCACCCGCAGGCCCUCGGCCCCCUGCCCCACCCCGUGCACCCCUUCCCUUACAGCAGGCUGCCCCAUCCCUUCCCAUUCCAUCCUCUCCAGCCCUGGAAACCUCACCCCUUAGAGUCCUUCUUCCUAGACAAACUGACUGGCAUAGAGAGCCAGCAGCCCCUGGCUGGCCCUUACCUGAGCAAACUGGCCUGCGUGGACAGUCAGAAGCCGGUGCCUGGCCCCCACCUGGAGCCCGGCUGCCCAUCCCGUGGCCCGCGGGAGAAGUUUUCUGUGGAGGAGUACCUGGUACACGCCCUGCAGGGCAGCGUGAGCUCCGGCCAGGCCCACAGCCUGGCCAGCCUGGCCAAGACCUGGUCGGCAGGGGGUUCGAAGCCCCGAAAGCCCAGCCCCGAGACUGAGGACAGCGAGGGGGUCCUGCUUACGGAGAAACUCAAGCCGGUGGAUUAUGAGUACCGAGAGGAGGUCCACUGGGCCACGCACCAGCCCUGCCUGGGCAGAGGCUCCUUCGGAGAGGUGCACAGGAUGGAGGACAAGCAGACUGGUUUCCAGUGUGCCGUCAAAAAGGUGCGCAUCGAAGUGUUUCGGGCAGAAGAGUUGAUGGCAUGUGCGGGAUUGACCUCACCCAGGAUUGUCCCUUUGUAUGGAGCUGUGAAGGAGGGUCCUUGGGUCAACAUCUUCAUGGAACUGCUGGAAGGUGGCUCGCUAGGCCAGCUCAUAAAGCAGAAGGGCUGUCUGCCGGAGGACCGGGCCCUUUACUACCUAGGCCAGGCUCUGGAAGGACUGGAAUACCUCCACACCCGAAGGAUUCUGCAUGGAGAUAUCAAAGCUGACAACGUGCUCCUGUCCAGCGAUGGGAGCCGUGCAGCCCUCUGUGACUUUGGCCAUGCUGUGUGCCUUCAACCCGAUGGCCUGGGCAAGUCAUUGGUCACGGGGGACUACAUCCCCGGCACAGAGACCCACAUGGCCCCAGAGGUGGUGAUGGGCAAGCCCUGUGAUGCCAAGGUGGACAUCUGGAGCAGCUGUUGCAUGAUGCUCCACAUGCUCAACGGCUGCCACCCUUGGACCCAGUACUUCAGGGGGCCGCUCUGCCUCAAGAUCGCCAGCGAGCCUCCACCUGUGAAGGAGAUCCCACCCUCCUGCGCCCCGCUCACCGCCCAGGCCAUCCAGGAGGGGCUGAGGAAGGAGCCCGGCCGCCGUGCGUCUGCAGUGGAGCUGGGGGGAAAGGUCAGCCUGGCUCUGCAGCACGUGGGCGGUCUGCGGAGCCCCUGGAGGGGCGAGUACAAAGAGCCGAGACAGCCACCGCCACACCCAGCCCAGGCACCGGCCAGCCAGGGCCACUCUCACCAGACCCUGCCUGUCCAGCCGAGGGAGCUCUCUCCUGGGGCCCCGGGGCCCCAGCCAGCUGUUGACACAACAGGCGGGGCCCCUCAGCUCCAACCUCCACUACCCCCAGAGCCCCCAGAGCGGAACAAGUCUCCGAGCCUGAACUGGGGCAAGGAGGAGUGUGGGCCAUGGGAGCCAUUGCCUCUGUCCUCCCUGGAGGCGGCCCCUGCCAAGAAUCCCGGCUCCGCCGAGCGGAAGGCAACCGUCCCUGAGCAGGAGCUGCAGCAGCUGGAAAUAGAACUGUUUCUGAACAGCCUGUCCCAGCCCUUCUCGCUGGAGGAGCAGGAGCAGAUCCUCUCGUGCCUCAGCAUCGACAGCCUCUCUCUGCCAGACGACAGUGAGAAGAACCCGUCAAAGGCCUCUCAGAGCUCACGGGACACCGUGAGUUCCGGCGUGCAUUCGUGGGGCAGCCAGGCAGAGGCUCACAGCUCCAGCUGGAACAUGGUGCUGGCCCGGGGGCGGCCCACCGACACGCCGAGCUAUUUCAAUGGUGUGAAAAUCCAGAUACAGUCUCUCAAUGGCGAACACCUGCACAUCCGGGAGUUUCACCGGGUCAAGGUGGGGGACAUCGCAACUGGCAUCAGCAGCCAGAUCCCGGCCGCAGCCUUCAGCUUAGUGACCAAGGAUGGGCAGCCCGUGCGCUAUGACAUGGAGGUGCCGGACUCGGGCAUCGACCUGCAGUGCACCCUGGCCCCUGACGGCAGCUUUGCCUGGAGCUGGAGGGUCAAGCAUGGCCAGCUGGAGAACAGGCCCUGAGCCAGCCUUCCACCACUGACUCCACUCUGCCAGAGGCGGCCUGCCUUCUUGGUGCUCGGUGCCGCCCCUGGCACCCAGGCUCAGCCUGCUCCCAGGGGUCUGCCACCCCCUGGCUCAGCAAUGCGACUAGGGGCAGGCAGAAUGCCUCCCAGGACGUCCCGUGUCCCGCCUGACCCCGCCGG